AUGACCGAGAAGAUGAGGACUCACCUCUCAAAGUAUUACCUUAAAGCUGGGUCAAUUGGCUCUUUCUCUGACUUAGCUUCGGCGUUUAAAGCGAGAUUCAGGACCAACAUCCCCAUGCAGAAGAGUUCUAGUGACUUAAGGAAGUGCAAACAAGGAGAGCAGGAAACCCUAAAGAACUUCGUGGAGAGAUUCAAUAAAGAAGCAGUGCAUAUCAAAAAUUUGAAUCAUGACACAGCGUUUAAGGCAAUGAAGAUGGGAACAAGAUUUGAAGAACUUCGAGAUAAGAUCUUGAUGAAGAAGCCAACCACUUUUCAAGACUUGAUGCUAAUUGCACACAAAUACGUCGAGUUGGAUGAAGCCCGAAGAACUCUGAUGAAACAACAUGAGCCAACUAAGCAAGACAGCUCCAGAUAUCGAGGAAAGAAGGAGGAGGAUAGACCCCGGACUCAGAGAUAUAGAGCAGGGCAUAAACCUUAUGACUUUACACCACUAAAUAAUGCACCAGUCUAUAUACUUAGCUGGAUGAAGCAGAAUCGAGUAAUGUUCAAUGCACCCAGGAAAAUGGAUCCCGACGUCCAGAGAGACAAGAGCAGGAAGGGCGAACCAGUGGAAAAGGAGGAGAAAAGCAAGAAUAAGAAAGAUGUAGUAGGGGUAGUGCAUAUAAUAGAUGGAGGAGAGCCUUAUAGAAAUACCCAGAAGAAGAAGAGAAAUAGAAGAGGGUCAGCAACCAUUUUCGCAAUCGAAAGAGAGAUAGUCCCGGAAGUAUCAUUCGGACCAGAUGAUGGGCAACAUGUCAAAGGCCCGCACAAUGACGCGUUGGUGAUAGAGGCAGUGAUCAGAAAUCACCUUGUCAAACAAAUUCUAGUAGAUGAAGGCAGCUCUGUGAACCUAUUAACUCUUGAAGCAUUUAAAGAAAUGAAAGGCUCAACAACCGAUUUGCGGAAGUCCUCUAUCCCACUCGUCGGACUCGGAGGAGCACCAGUACGACCGGAAGGGAUGGUGAGCUUAUAUGUAGAGUUAGGAGACAAAAAGGAAGGGCCAAUUAAGAGGAUGCAUGCUCAGUUCAAUGUAGUAGACCUUCCUCUAGCGUACAAUGGUAAAGUGGGCAGACCAUUUCUAUACCAAUCGGGCGCAGUAACCAGUAUUAGACUUCUGACCCUAAAGAUGCCUACGUCAGAAGGAGAAGUAGUUGUUAGAGGGAACCAAGAGAUGGCCAGAGAGAAACGUAGUAGAGGAGGAAGAGUCACAGGGGGCAGAGCCGGUAGGAGAUAUGAAGGAGCUACACUUACAGAGACUAAGGCAGUCAAAAUAGGUGCGGACGUACCAGAAGAGGUAGUCCAAGAGAUAAUAAAGAUACUAAAGAAGAAUGCGGAGUCCUUUGCAACAGAACCAUCAGAGAUCGUGGGAAUUGAUCCCAAGGUAGCGUCACACAAACUAAACGUGAAUCCAGGGAGCAGACACAUAGUCCAGAAGAAGAGGCGAUUCACAAAGGAAAGACAGAAAGUAAUUGCGGAAGAAGUGGAUGUACUGGAAGCAACAUGGUUCAUCCGAGAGGUCCAUUACCCAUAA